AUGUCAACCGAGGCCAUCGGGGCGACGAGGGCUACGGCGACGAACAACGCGACGUCCACGAUCGACUGUAUCUACGAGAAACUCAUGCAGAAAGGAACGCGUGAUGAUCUCGAAAUCGCCGCCAAGAUCGGUCAAUCGCUGCUGGAGCAGAAUCGAGAUCUGCAGCAGCGCACGGAGAUUCCUACGAAGAAAGCUAGGCGAAACGCUUCUGAGGAAAUGGUUCAAAUGAAGCAUGAACUUGACCGAAAAGCCGAGUUGCUCCGAGUCUACUGCCGUUACGAUGACGACGGCUUUACUCGGGAGAGCGACAAGAUGAUUCCUCUGAAAAAACGCUUGGAAAAAACCAAGUUGGAGAAUAUCAAGCUCAGACAUGACGUGUUCUCAAUGAAAAAAGAAAUGGAGGCACAAAUCGAGCGCGAUCGAAGCCGAUACGAAGAGGUGUCACGGCAGUUUGAACUAGCGCAACAGCAGAUCGUAUCACUGCAUGCACAAGUGGUCGAAAGAGGCGAGGAUUAUGCUGCACAGUCCGUAGUAGUGGAAAAACUGUUACGAGAGAUCUCCCACAAAAGCUGCCGAGAACGCGAGCUGACAGCCGAGAACGCCGACUUGAGUCGGCAGGUUGAUGAAGCGCUACACAAGCAGAAUGAGCUCAGCAAUCAGAUGAAAGAGCUGCAGGUCAGUGUUUUAAUUUGUUCGUUCUCUGACGCUGAAGAAGAGUUGUGCCGAUUCCGGUCAGCACCACCGAUGCGAUCUGGCUCAGUGGAUUCGCUCUACGACUCGCUAGGCAUCUGA